AUGUCCCUUACAUUGAAACUCUCGUCUCUAGCGAUUCGCACCCUAUCUAAACCGAUCGCGACUCGACUGAAAGCUCAAGCUCGUGAACAUGAACGCUUCCGCAACCUUUGUGUGUCAAUGGCACAAGCCCUCCACCGAUUUGACAUGCGCCUACGGUUAGGCUCAAUUCGAGACAAUUCUGCCUCACAGCGUCAAGCUGCCGCCGAGGCACAAGCGAAAAAACACAUCCCCACGUCCCCGACAGCAAAGACAGAGGCCGAGACCAAAGCAGAGGAGCAUGCACAAGCCAAAGCAAAAGCUGCUGCGGAAGAAGCAGCAAAGCCUCACCACUACCGUAUCCGACCCCUGACCGAGUCGAAAGCAAUCGAGUCCGGUGCAAAUUUCAUUAGCGAAAGCUUUCUUUUCAUGGUGGCCGGCGGGCUGAUUAUCUUCGAGGCAUGGCGAUCCCGUCGGAAGGAAAGUACUCGUCGAGAAGGCGUUGAGGAACGUCUUGCUGAGCUGGAGCAAUCGGAGAAAAUGGCUAGGGAAGCUUUGAUUGCCUUGGAGAAGGAGCUGCUGGCAUUGCAUGCUGCCCGUGGCGAAAAGCCCAAGUUGACACACCGUAUCUUACCGCGGGCAGUGUGGGAAAAAGAGCCGGAGUUGGAGGAGCCCGAGGUAGAGCAAACCUGGUGGUCGACUGUCACCUCGUACUUCUCGUUUGGCAGGGAAUCAAACAAACCCCGACCGACUCCCCAAACCCUUUCACAAAUACCGCAAGACUCAAAAGCCACAGGCUCUGGUGAGCAAUCUGCUUCGCCUGGACCAAAUAAAGCAUCCGAGUCGAAGAAUUCGGAAUAA